UCGAGUCAGUCCAGUUUAAAAAUAAAUACAUAAUGGAAAUUAAGGAGAAAAUCAGGAACUGAGGGGGGACGGGAAGAACUCCACGCGCCGUGGUCCAGGUCUGCGUUUCUCAACCGCGGCUCGUGGGCUGUUUUUCAUUAAUUUUUGGGCACCUCGGUCUCGAGUUUCAGGGACCGUAAACAUGCUGACGGGUGGUGCGUUCACGGUCCUGCUCCUUGUGAUCCGAGGAGUUUCUGCUGGGGAACUAUAUUUCCCUCCCGUGGAGCUGGAGGACCUCAAGAACUCGUCGGUCUCCGUGAGCUUCACACAUCCGCGCCUCUUCUACGGCGAGACGGUGGGCGAACAGUUCGGCUUCACCGUGUCCACAGACGAGGGAGACUUCGGCGGGUCGUGCACGCCGCAGAAGGGCGACUGCAGGCGGCGCGUCUCGUUCCCGGAGGGCGGCGAGAAGUGCGUCACGCUGAGGGCCGAAGCGGCGUUCACGGAGACGGGCCGCGUCUGCCUCUCCGUCGCGCCGCCAAUAAACGUGACCCUGAGCUGCCAAAACCUCAACGUCUCCGUCAGCUGGGAGUACGGCGGGCAGAAGCCCGACACCAGGUUCAGGGUGCACGUCGGAGGAUCUGCAGGGCAUCUCGUGAACGAGACCACGGAGCACCGGUUCGACCUGAGCCGCUUCGUCUGGGCGUCCAAGGGCCGCUACCUGGGCUUCCACUUCGUCACCGUCACGGCCAAAGAGGGACACGACCAGUCCGAGUCGAUAACGAGAACCUUCACCUUCAACAAGAGGAAACAGGCCGAAAUAAAAUGUAUGUUAGAUUUCCCCGCUGUGGAUCUGAACGAGAACAAAUCGGGGGCCACGCUGAGUUUCAGGAACCCGGUCCUCUUCCACGAAGAACUGAAGCCGGCCCCCGGGUCGGGGGGUCCCUCCGUUCAGUUCACGGCCUCCUUAAACAACAGCAUGUUUAAAGGGCAUUGCGAGGCGGGGGACGCCGUCUGCAAACUGGAUAUCUCGUUCCCGGAGGGCGUGGAGAAGUGCGUGAAGACGCUGAGUGGGUCGUUGUUCGUCAGCGCCGGCGUCAGCCUAGUGCCGUUCAGGGAGACGGGCCCCAUCUGCACCAGUAGCUCAACUGAGGCCAACGCGCUGCUGCUCGCCACACUGCUGCUGCUCCUCCUCCUCGUUGUGGUCGCGAUGAUAAUCGUCGUCUGUAAAGCGAAAGCCUGGACCAUGAAGACGAUGCCGAAGCAGACGCCUCUGAUCUUACUGAUGGAACCCCACGAGGGGGACUUGAGGUACCCUCCGGAGUCCCGUACAGACAUCAGCCCUGUUACAGUGACUGACCACAUACCCUGCACAGAGGAAGAGGAGGAAGAGGAGGAGGAGGAGGAGGAGGAGGAGGCCACCUAUUGCCUGGCCAUCAACUUGCAGUACGCAAAGGGAGAACAUUUAGAGGGAUCCUGCGAGGAGGACUCUGAGGAGGAGAAGUUAGUGGAGGAGGUGUCGGGCUACGACCGCUCACAAACCCUGCAGGUGGACACGCUCUGACCUUCAAGGAGGUCGUCGGCUCCUUUGCUCUGAACUGUUUUCUCUCGAGGGCUCGGAGACUCAACGCGGUGACCUUCCAGUCGACCUUCCAGUCGACCUUCACGAGCUCCACGAGAGGAACCCGUCAAGAGCAUCGCCGGUUGUUUUUCCAGUUCGACCGCAUGACCAAAGAAAAGCCCGUUUACGUGGGGAGAUCUGCCUCGGUCCUACAUUUAAAUUGGGGUAAAAAAAAUAAUUUUAUAUACGUUUUCACAGGGACUAUUUCUUCAAGUAGAAAUUGGUGACGUACAUUUAUAUGAACAUUUCGUGGCAGCUUAUUAAGUAAAAGAUUUUUUUACUACGGGUCUCGUCUUAAAUGUCGUGAGUUGAACCGAGCGCCUCGCACACGGCGUCUUAAAUACCUCGCAGCCACGCCCGGUCCCCGUGGAUCCACCUGCAGAACCGGCUCGGUGGGGCAGCGGUUUGUUUACGUUGGCGUCUUUUUUUUUUAAAAAUGUGGAAUAAUGUCUACAUGUUGUCGUCUGAUCUGAAGUCAGUUCGAUCUGUAAAUAAAUACCAGAGUGAAGCAGGAUUAUCAAUUUUAUGUUUUUAAUGAAAAGAGACAAACGUUAUUGGUAUUUUCCUUUUGUGAAGUCCAAAGAAAUGUUUUUAAAGUGUCGAAGGAAAUCCUUCUGA